CCCUUGGAGACGACAGCUCAUCUCCUAUAGGCUAUUGAGUUUUCGCUUUCACGCAGGCGCGAAACUCUCUCCUCGGAAGCUUCAACUCUGCCUCUACUUCACCCCUCACUCGUUCCCAUGGAGACGGAUAUCCCGCCUACCCAGAGAGAUAAUCUGAUUGGUUUAAACUUCUAGCCCCGCCUUGUAGAGGCGCUAGCUGAGUUGCUAUUGGCCAGCGCUUAAUAGCGCGGGAACACAGAAUACUGUCAGGCUGGCAAUGGGAAGGAAGGUCUAUUGUUUUUAUUUAUUUAUUCCUUUUUUAUUUUAAUCUAUCUUUGGAAACCGUUUUUGAGAGAAUAUGGACAGGUGCCACGAAGUAAAAUUCCUGCUGAAACGAUGGGAGGCUUCGUUUUUUCAGGAGAACCAAAGGAAACCAAACAAGGAGGAUAUGAUGGAAGCUCCUAUAGAGAUCAAAGACCUAUACAGAGAAUAUAAGGCAAUGAGAAAAGGCAAGGAGCAGUGUCAAAGUCUCUCCAUUUCUGAAGACAUCAUCCAGAAAAGCACACAGACACCUGCAGCAGCAGACAAGGUAGCUGAUUCCAACUGCUGGGGAGCACACCUGAAUCGAAGCUUGGAGGCUCCGAAAGUAAUGCCACGGAGUCAGAACACGCUUCAAGGUUCCGCUCAGUACUUUGGCAUGAAGCUGAAAUGCAACCUGGGGACAGCUAUUAAGGAGCGUCCUGUGAAUCUAAGGCGAUCCCUCACCCCAAGGAGGAAGUCAAUUACAUUCGUGGAGAAGAAUACACCUCAGAUGGCCAAGGCUGCAUCUCCCAUAGCAGAAAUAGACACUCUGUUAGAAAAUAAUACAGACCAACUUCUGGAUCUUGAUCCCAAGGAAAUGGCUGCCCUUAUCCCUCCUGCGUUUGCAGGUUUGAGCCCUUCCAGGUUGCCCGUCGCUGAUGCCAAAGCGAGGCCGUUGCCACUUGGUAAGUUUCAGCAGCUGAAGCAGACAGUGGCCAAAAGACUGACCAGCCUGGAUCCUGGUUGGCUGGAUAGAUGCGGAGUAAACGCUGGAGCGGGACUAAUGGGAGAUGGCAACCCAAUCUCAAUGGAUAGAAUAGACUCAAGCCAAGAGUCCCUGAAAAUCACUUCCCUGGAAAAACCGAAUCCACAAAAUAGAGAUAAUGAAUGGGAAACACGUGAGUUUGGUUCUCCUGAGAAAGACUGUGAAGGAGGUGUGAUGGGGAGGCUUUCCUUUGGCCAAAAUAUUGGAAAUAAUUGCAGACAGAGUGUGCAAAGGGAAGAGAGAGCAGUUAAGGCUCCAAGGAAAGAGGAAGCAAACUUAGCACUUGUUGAAGCCAAAGCUGGGCUUUCUAAACUGGAGGUUCACACCAAGAAUGCUCCUCUCCAAAUGGAGGAACGUGUUGCAGGAGGAACGUCAUCAAAGCAAGUGGGAGUUGAGCUCUGUGAAGCUGAGAGUGGGGUGUCUGAUCCCCCCAAGAAGAGGAAGAGGCUACAGGAAGGUGAGGAUGGCACAGUCAGUCCCAAAGGAAGCAAGUCACAAGGGAAGCGCAAGAGGACUAAAAAACCUGCAGGAGAAAGCCGGGCCAAAAAGCAACGUAAGGCUGGUCCAAAACCAGGAGUCAGUGAGUAUGACUUUGAUGGUCAGGAUGCUGCGGAGGUGCAUGAAGAAGAAGCAAAACCUGCCCCGUUCCCCUCAGAAAACCUUUUGGGAGAAGUCAUGGAAGAGGAUGGUCCCAAGGCAAAGUGGAGAUCCAGCAUCCCACCACGCAAGUCUGCGCCAAAGCAGGGUGGCAACUUUGUCUGCCUGAACCUCAAGAAAAGGUCCCACGUCAAAGGAUUUGCCCUUAGAGGAAAACACCUACGGAAGCAAGUUUGGAAGCAGAAGUGGCAGAAGAAGGGGGAGCUGUUUGGCGGAGGAGGAGGAGGUGGCAGGAUCCUAGGCCGGAGCUCGGACACCUGCUUCAGGUGCGGAGAGGUCGGCCACUGGGCCUCGCAGUGCAAGGGGAAAGCAGCAUCUCAGUCUCUCUCUGAUGCUCAGCCCCAACCAAAGGAAAAUGGCUGCGAUGCAGAGGAAGAGGUGCCCUUGCUCACCUUGGAAGAAGUGGCCCAGAUGACUAACACGGCCUACAGCAAGGUCUCAGCAAAAAAUGAGAGCAACCAAGGAGCACCAGAGUCUCAAGGUCAAGAGGGAGGGGUCUUCCUGCCCAUGCACAGACCCAUGUAUGAACCACCGCCUCCACCAGAGCCCAUAGAGCCCCUCUACAGACUGGGUCCGGAUGGGAAGGUGAAAGAGACCCCUCCUGAGGUUUUCCAAGCGCUAGCUGAGCUGGGCUUCACCUCCUUCCGCGCAGGACAGGAAACAGCCGUGAUGAGGAUUCUUUCAGGUCUCUCAACGCUGGUGGUCCUGUCCACAGGAAUGGGGAAAUCCCUCUGUUAUCAGCUCCCGGCCUACCUGUACAGCAAGCGGUCCACCUGCAUCACUUUGGUGAUCUCGCCGUUGGUGUCUCUAAUGGAUGACCAAGUCUCUGGCCUUCCACAACACCUGAAAGCUGUCUGUAUCCACUCCAACAUGUCCAAGACCCAGAGAGAGGCUGCCAUGGAGAAGGUAAAGGCUGGGAAGGUCCACGUCCUCCUGCUUUCCCCAGAGGCCUUGGUUGGGGGAGGCCUCUCUGCCUCCAGCUGCCUCCCUCCUGCAGAUCAGCUCCCGCCAGUGGCUUUUGCCUGCAUCGAUGAAGCGCAUUGCGUCUCCGAGUGGUCCCACAAUUUCCGCCCUUGUUACCUGCGCCUCUGUAAGGUUCUCCGGGAGCGCCUGGGCGUGCGCUGCUUCCUGGGCCUCACAGCCACGGCCACUCUCUCUACGGCGCGGGACGUGGCCCAUCACUUGGGCAUCUCGGGAGGCGAAGGGAUUGCUGUGCGCUCCGCAGCUGUCCCUCCAAACCUGCACCUCUCUGUUUCCACAGACAGAGACAAGGACCAGGCCCUGCUGAGCUUGCUGCAAGGAGAACGGUUUGGGGGCCUGGACUCCAUCAUCAUCUACUGCACACGCCGAGAGGAGACGGCUCGCAUUGCAGCGCUCAUCCGCACCUGCCUCCAAGGGGUGAAGCUGAAAGAGCGGCCCGGUGUUGAGGAGCAAGAGGAAGAAGAGGGCAGUGCCGCUGCGAAAAGGAAGAAAUCCAAAGCUAAAAAGAGCAUCCGCCGCCCUCUGAAGUGGAUCGCCGAUGCCUACCACGCCGGCCUUUCUUCCGCCGAGCGGCGCCGGGUGCAGAACAACUUCAUGUCCGGCCAGCUGAGGGUGGUGGCGGCAACGGUGGCCUUCGGGAUGGGGCUGGACAAGUCCGACGUGCGAGGCGUCAUCCACUACAACAUGCCCAAGAACUUCGAGAGCUACGUCCAGGAGAUCGGGCGGGCCGGAAGGGACGGGAAGCCGGCCCAUUGCCACCUCUUCUUGCACCCAGAGGGAGAGGACUUGCAUGAAUUGAGGCGGCACAUCUACGCGGACACCGUUGACUUCUUCACGGUGAAGAGGCUGGUGCAGAAGGUCUUCCCCCGAUGCAAGUGCCGGGAGCUCCACCAAAAGCAGCAGCAGCUCAGCAAGGGCGAUGAAGUGGAGGAUGCGGAGAUGUUGGCUCUCUCAGAGGAAAGCGGAGGAGAGAAUCCAAGCUCGGGCGCCGGGCAACAAAGAGUGUGUUACAGACACGAGAGAGCCAUCCCUAUCCAGCCGACCGUGGAAGCCCUGGACUUCCGAGAGGAAGGUAUCGAGACGCUUCUGUGCUACCUGGAGCUUCACCCGCAGCGCUGGCUGGAGAUGCUGCACCCCACCUUCUCCUCCUGUCGAGUGAUCUGCUACGGGGGACCCCAGCAGCUGCGGACAGUGGCCCAGAGGUGCCCUCCUCUUGCCGUCUGCCUGGCCCAGCAGCGCCUGCAAGGCAUCAGCCACACUCAUGCCAGCUCCGUGGACUUUGACGUGGUUGCACUGGCCGACUCCAUGGGCUGGGAGGUCCUGCCGGUGAAGCGAGCCCUGCGCCAGCUGCAGUGGGACACCCGGUUGCAGAACGGGUCCAGUGUGUCUAGGAAGAGUGGGGUCCUUGUGGAGUUCAGUGAGCUCUCCUUCUAUCUGCGCUCCUACGGUGACCUUACCGAUGAGGAACUGGACUCUGUGUGCGAAUUCCUGCACCGCCGGGUGAUGGAUCGAGAAAAGGCAGCCCUCAGUCAGCUCCAAGUGUGCUUCCAAGCCUUCCAGAGAGUGGCCUUCCGGAGCUGUGCCUCGUGCUGCGAUGACGUAGGAGAGGAGAGGAGCAACCAGCUUAAGACCCUGCUGAUGGAGUAUUUUGAGAAGGAUGUGAUGCUGGAGGAAGCGGAUUAUGAACAUGGAGAUGAAGGAAUGGAUGCUAAGGACCUCCAGGACAUAAAAUUUCGGGACUGGGAAGACCAAAUUCGAGCUGACGUCCGCCACUUCCUUUCCAUCCGGCAAGACGAGAAGUUCUCCGGCAGAGCUGUGGCCAGGAUCUUGCAUGGCAUAGGAAGUCCUUGCUUUCCUGCUCAGAUUUAUGGCAGAGACCGACGUUUCUGGAGGAAGUACAUCCAUUUCGACUUCAACAGGAUCAUGCGCUUGGCCACAGAGGAGAUCAUCCACUGGAAGUGAGAGAACAUUGCAGCAGAUGGAUUCCCACGUCAAAAGCCACAGUGUUGCAGACAACCUACAUUGGAAAAUUGUUGUAUGGCAGUCUUUCCUCUGUCUAUAUGAAGCUUGGGCAAACUUGGGCCCUCCAGUGUUUUGGACUUCAACUCCCACAAUUCCUAACAGCCAGGAGGCUGUUAGGAAUUGUGGGAGUUGAAGUCCAAAACACCUGGAGGGCCCAAGUUUGGCCAUGCUUGCUGUAUAAGAACAGCAACAACUCUCUCUGAGAUUAUAAAACUUCAUUUUAAAUAUUUUUUAUUAAUUGUCCCGGCUGAAGCCUUUCUUUAAAAUUGGACUAUUGUCCAAGGACUUUCCCUCUUCUAAGGGGAAUUUUAUGGACUUGUAUUUAUACCCCUAGAGUUUGCAUAUUUUUCUCAUCACGAAGAAUGUUCCUUGUACUGGAGGAUGGGAGAAUGGUGUGAUUAGGGAGGCUUGGUCUGGAGAACUGACUUCUCUAAGCACAGGUUGCUCUCGUUUUUAUACUGCUCUCAGCAGCUAUUAAAUAUCUGCUUGUUGCCUCAAAGGUGUCAUGCAGGGGCAUUUAAGCCUGCAUCUCCAAAGCCCCUUCUACACUGCCGUAUAAAAUCCAGAUGUUCUGCUUUGAACUGAAUUAUAUGGCAGUGUUGACUAAUAUGAUCCAGUUCAAAGCAGAUAAUGUGGAUCAUCUGAUGUGAAAAUCUGGAUUAUAUGGCAGUGAAGAAGUGACUCUAGUGCGCUAAGGGAUAUCCACAUUAUGUUCAUACCAUUUGCCCACAAACGACUGUCAAGCAAUCAAACCCAGCCUGAUACUUGAAAUAAUCCCAAAUAUCCUUCCUGUGAUUAAUAAAUACAUGCAGUUUACAAUGGAAUAA